UGCCCGCUCCGUCAGGCGGUCAUGGGGCGGCCACCGAGAACCGCGGGCGCGGCAGGACGUAGGGCGCGGGGCCCCGGCUAGCCGGCGGCGGUAGCGAAGUCCCACGGCGGGCGACGGAUAGGGAAGCAGCCGGUGCCGGGGCGGCGGCGGGGCAGCGGGAGCCGCCUGGGAUGUUCAGUCAUGAAACGAGUGCGCACGGAGCAGGUUCAGGUGGCGGUGUCCUGCUACCUCAAACGUCGGCAGUACGUGGACUCAGAAGGCCCCUUGAAGCAAGGCCUGAGACUAUCACAGACCCCUGAGGAGAUGGCAGCCAAUCUCGCAGUUCAGAGUUUAUCUGGCUGUUGCACAUGGCGUGCCUGCAGCACCCUGUGCCAGGCUGAGCCCCAGCAAUAUGAAGUGCAGUUUGGACGACUGAGGAGCUUUCUGACUGACUCUGACUCCCAGUACAGCCAUGAAGUUAUGCCUCUUCUCUACCCCCUCUUCGUCUACCUCCACCUCAACCUGGUCCAGAGUGGCCCCAAGAGCACAGUGGAAAGCUUCUAUAGCCGCUUCCAUGGCAUGUUCCUGCAGAACGCCAGCCAGAAGGACGUCAUCGAGCAGCUGCAGACCACGCAGACCGUCCAGGACAUCCUGUCUAACCUGCAGCUCCGAGCAUUCCUGGACAACAAGUACGUGAUCCGCCUCCAGGAAGACAGCUACAACUACCUUGUCCGCUACCUCCAAAGCGAUAACAACACUGCCCUGUGCAAGGUGCUUGCCGUGCACAUUCACCUGGACGUGCAGCCUGCCAAGAGGACAGACUACCAGCUGUAUGCCAGCGGCAGCUCCUCCCGCAGCGAGAGCAGCAGCCUGGAGCCACCAGAUGUGCCCAGCCCUAUUCUGCAGAAUGAGGCUGCCCUGGAAGUGUUGCAGGAGAGCAUCAAGCGGGUCAAGGAUGGGCCUCCCUCCCUCACCACCAUCUGCUUCUAUGCCUUCUAUAACACCGAGCAGCUGCUGAAUACUGCGGAGAUCUCCUCUGACAGCAAACUGCUGGCUGCUGGGUUUGACAACUCCUGCAUAAAGCUUUGGAGCUUGAGGUCCAAAAAGCUGAAAUCAGAGCCCCACCAUGUGGACACAUCCCGGAUCCGUCUAGCUUGUGACACUCUGGAGGAGGAGGAGAAUGAGGAUGAUAAUUCAGGCACAGAGAUGAAGAUCCUGCGGGGACACUGUGGCCCAGUGUACAGCACGCGGUUCCUCGCAGACAGCUCAGGGCUGCUCUCCUGUUCUGAAGACAUGUCUAUCAGGUACUGGGACCUGGGAAGCUUCACCAACACUGUGCUGUAUCAGGGACAUGCCUAUCCUGUGUGGGACGUGGACAUCAGCCCCUUCAGCCUGUACUUUGCCAGUGGGUCUCAUGACCGUACCGCCAGGCUGUGGUCUUUUGAUCGGACGUACCCACUGAGGAUAUAUGCAGGACACCUGGCAGAUGUGGACUGUGUCAAAUUCCACCCCAACUCAAACUACUUGGCUACAGGCUCCACUGACAAAACUGUCCGGCUGUGGAGUGCCCAGCAGGGAAACUCAGUGCGGCUCUUCACUGGCCACCGAGGGCCUGUGCUGUCCCUCUCCUUUUCCCCCAAUGGUAAAUACUUGGCAUCCGCCGGUGAGGACCAGCGGUUAAAGCUGUGGGACUUGGCCUCUGGGACGCUUUUUAAAGAACUGAGAGGCCACACGGACAGUAUCACCAGUCUGGCCUUUAGCCCAGACAGCGGUCUGGUUGCCUCUGCCUCUAUGGACAACUCGGUUCGUGUCUGGGACAUCAGGAGCACGUGCUGCAACACACCUGCUGACGGCUCUUCAGGUGAGCUCGUGGGUGUAUACACUGGGCAGAUGAGCAACGUGCUGAGUGUACAGUUCAUGGCCUGCAACCUCCUCCUGGUGACUGGGAUCACACAAGAGAAUCAAGAACAUUAAGUUUUUAUCCAGGUGGCAGACUGGGUGGGGCUAGAAGACUGGUCACAGUCCAGGACUUGCUAAAACUGAAUCAGUGAUUGCAAAAGAGCCCUCCCUACCCGCCUCUGUGCAGCCCUGGGGCACAGGACUCCGGUUGAGAGCUGGGGUGCUCUCAGGCUUGAGGCCUCCUGGCUUCAUGCAGGCACCUUGCUUAUGCAGCUGUAGACAGUGUCUCCUGUGGCUACUCUGUGAGGGAGGUGGGGACAGGAACUAGGAAAGAAGGGGUGACCUAGCAGCCUUUCCUUUUCCAUAAUGAUAGAACCAGGAUUUUUUUAUUAUUAUAAUUAAUAAUUAUUAUUAUUGAGAAGAGGAGAGCCAACACUGGCAGCGGCGUCUCUGCUCUUGUCUGCAGGGUUGAUCUGGGCCCUGGCUCUGAUACUUGGAAUUUUGAGGUUCAGGGAAUUGAGACUUUGGUAGCCCAGUGUAUCAGGAGAAAGGGGCACCAUGUAAAGUGCCCCUGCAAGCAGGCGGGUAGCUUGCAGUGAUGGUGGGAAAGAGAUGGUU